AUGACUGUCCAAAGUAACACAAGUAAGGAGCCUCAAAUUCAUGGUAUAGCAUUUACUGAUGGGUCCUGUCUUGGUAGUCCUGGCCCUGUAGGAGCAGGUGCUAUCAUCUUUCCAUCAAAUAAUCAACCUCAAAUUGAAAUUAGUAAAGCUGUAUCCAAGAAAGGAUCAAUACUACUCGGAGAACUGAUCGCCAUUAAACUUGUUGUUGACCACUUUUUAAUAUCAGAAAACAGACAAAACACAGACUCAAUUACACAAUUUACAGAUAGUCAGACCUCAAUUGGAAUUUUAACUUUAAACUGGAAAUCAGAAAAUUACAUCAAAGUCAUAAGAGAAAUUAAGAACAACAUGAAAGUAUUAAAGAUGUAUGGAAUUCCAUUAAAUUUUGAAUGGACACCUGGUCAUGCUGAUAUCCAAGGGAAUGACAUUGCUGAUUCACUGACCAAAAAAGGAGCUAAAGAAGCUGAAAAAAUAAAAGAACCAUCAGAAGUAACCAGGCAGGAUAUAAAACAUGCAGCAAGAGAAAGUGUUUUUAAGAAAAUGGCAGAACCAAUGGGAAUCAAGUCAACUUGGCAGAAAUUAUUAUAA